AUAGAAGAUAACAGCUAGCUUGGAUAAAGAUGGAUUAUAUAAUGUUUGUAUAAAUACUGGUCAGCAGGGAUGUUCAGACUCACAGCAUCAUCAGGCCUGCAGGUGCCCACAUCUCUCGAGCAGGUCCCAAAUUGAUUGUGAAAAAAUAAUAUUGCUUAACAUGGAGACUGCAGUGUUCACCAGCUGGCUCCUUUUUCUGCUGUUCAGCCCAGCUGUUCCCAUGUGUUUACCCACUGACUUCACCCUGUAUGUGGAGAGGCCAGAGUGUGACUAUUGUGUGGCGAUCAACACUACCAUCUGCAUGGGAUUUUGCUACUCAAGGGACAGCAACAUGAGGGAUAUAUUCGGCCCACGCUUCCUCAUCCAGAGAGGCUGUACCUAUGACAAGGUGGAAUACCGCGCAGCCAUACUGCCUGGCUGUCCCAUCGACACCAGCCCUGUCUUCACCUACCCUGUGGCUCUCAGCUGCCACUGUGGUGCCUGCAGGACUGACAGCGACGAGUGCGCACACAGGGCCAGCGUGGACGGAGCUAGGUGUACCAAACCAGUCAGACGUAUCUACCCAUACCCUGGUCAUAGCAACUACAUGAUCCCUCUCUGAUUUUUCUGUUAACGUUCAUAGCUUGUCUCUUUUUUUUUUUGUUUUUUUUGUUAAAAUUGCAUGAUCCAUGAAUGUUUUGAGAAGAGACAAACGUCAUCCUUUAUCUUGUGACGGAUACAGUGAUAUCUGUGCUGUCUGUACUGUUACCUAUUAUACCAGCCUGUUUUAUUGUGCCUUUGUUGCCCAACCUGUCUGUGUUGCAGCUCUAUUUCUCAGUUUACAAUGGGGGGUUGAUCCUGGUGUGUAUUUUUGUCAGCUUCAGUACUUAUCCUCCUGUACACUCAUGUGUGUGUGACUCUCAGACUUAUACAUGUUUACUCUGAAAGGGAUACUCUGAAUGCAACUCAAUUAUAAGUGAAGUCUCCAAAUAGCUCCUUGGAUUAAACUGUGCUUGACUUAAUCACA